AUGACGCCGAGGUAUACAACAGUUACAUUCCUCUUCCUCUGUUCAAUCUUGUCCUGUGCUCAUGGCUUUUCGGCACAGCCAGCGGCAACCUCCAAUAGCGUUGUCACCUGGGAAGUCUGCAUUUCUCCCGCAUGCAUUUCCGAUGGAGCUCACGAAACGCUGGAAACUUUGCAGGCACUGGCGCCACCCGGUAGCGUCGUCACGACAGGCGUUUGUUGUUCCUUGUGCGGGAAUGGUCCCGUCGUGAUGAAUCCAGAUGACAAGAAACCAAAAAAACAUCGCCGGGUCAAGGGACAAGACAAAAUUUUGAAACUCUUAUUGGAGGAUCAACAACAACAAGAAGAAGGAAUGGCCAUUCCAGAAUCCUUGACAGAAGGGUACCAACUCAGUCGGCAGGCAGAAGACGCCUUUUUGAAAAAGGAUCAUGAGCAAGCCGUGACGCUCUACGAAAAAUCCAUUGAUAUCGCAUUUCGAUCCGCCAUGGACUUGCAAGGUGCGCGAGAAAAGAGGAACGACGAUACUAUCAACAAGAAUGGCAUUCCAGUGGGACUCCUCUGGCUCGUCAAGGCGCGGAGAAACGAGGCGUCGGCCAAAAUGGCAUUGGGAGAUUUGGAGGGAGCCGUACUGGCCGCGCAGGCAUCCUGCAAUAUUGCCCGCAAUCGGUGUGCCGAAAGUUUGCAAGUUCUGGCCGAAAUUUAUCAAAAAGAGGGAAAUGCCAAGGGGGAAUUGCAAGCUCUCAACAAUCUAUUUGACUUGCCCGUCGAUGAGAAAUCCAUCACCACACAGGUAGCCAACGUUCGUCGCGAGCUGGGAUUUCGCAAGCAAAAGCUGGAACGAGAAGUGGGAGGAGCCUAA